AUGUUUCGACAAGAUUUCGCAAAAAAUGCCAUGAGUCGAAACAGAUUUGAAAUUUUACUUCGUAUGCUACAUUUCUCAAAUAAUGAAGAAACUGAAAAGGGUGAUCGACUACACAAAAUAGAUAAAUUAGUUAAAACACUAAAUAUGAAUUUUCAAGCCCAUUUCAUUCCCAAUGAGUCAUUAUGUGUAGACGAAAGCCUCAUUCCUUUUCGCGGCCGAAUUAUAUUUAGACAGUACUUGAAACAGAAGAGGCAUAAAUACGGUAUAAAGAUUUUGAAAUUGUGCACAACGCCAGGUUACACUUUUAGGCUAGAAAUAUAUGCAGGGAUAAGUUCCGAGUCUAAAAAUAAUACACCAACAAAUAUAGUUCUUAAUCUUUGUAGUAACCUGUUGAAUAAAGGACACACUAUGUAUACCGAUAACUGGUAUAGCAGUGUAGAUUUAGCAGACAAGUUACUUGAUUCAAAGACGCAUCUGGUUGGUACGCUCCGCAAAAAUAGAAAGAGAUUGCCGAAAGAAGUCACUGAAACGAAGCUCAAACCUGGUGAAUAUAUUUCUAGAGAGACUCAAAGGGGUAUAACCGUUAUGAAGUGGCGAGAUAAACGCGAAGUACUUCUGCUGUCUACAAAACACUCUAACAUACUAAAAGAAAGUACGAGUAAACGGGGCCUUGUUACCAAGAAACCCAAAAUUAUUUUGUCCUACAACCAAGCGAAGUCGGCCGUAGACCUGUCUGAUCAAAUGUCAGCAUAUUCAACACCAUUGCGUAAGACAGUAAAAUGGUAUCGAAAACGUGCUUGUGAGUUACUACUCGAUACAUCAAUUGUAAAUGCCUUAGUUCUAUAUAAACAAACAACAAAAAGGAAUAUUUCCAUUGUUAAAUUCAGACAAGCCAUAAUAAAAUAUCUAAUGACUACUCCACAGGAAAUAGAUACACCAAGACCGGUAAGACCAUUGCGAGGAAUACAUAAGCUUACACGGAAAGAAGGUGUUUCUAAAAAUAUUCGUAGGAACUGCCAACAUUGUUACAAAAACAAUGUCAAGAAUCUAGGAACACUACAAGCUUGCAAUAAGACAAAAAAAAAGUUGCGACUUAUUGCCCUGGCUGUCCAGAAAAACCUGAUUUGUGUCUUAACUGUUUCAAUGCUUUUCUCAUAA